AUGGCGGACGCGUUUAGCUCUUCCAGCGAUGACGGGGUGCCGUUGACCAAGCUGGAGAUUGCCAUGCAUCUCACCUGCUUCUCCUACACCCCCCAAUCACAGACUAACGCCCGCUGUCCUCCUUCCCACAUCCUUCUCAUCAACGCACUGUUCCCCGCCCGUCCUCCUCAGCUCCGCUCCGCACCUGCUUCUCCCGUACUCGCUUCCGGCCCACAUGUUCGCGCGCGCCCUUACAGCACUCCCUCCCACAUCCCUCUCAUAAGCUACUGCCAUUUUUCCUCUUUACCCUCCCCUCCCCCUCCCCCCCAGCUCUGCACCACACCUGCUAUGUCUGGCCCAUUGCGCGGACUCCCCCCUCCCCUCCAUUGCGCGUACUCGCCACCACACCCACAGCGCAAGUCGCACUAUUCACCACAGAACGAUCCCCUUUUAACCCAUACCCACUCCUCCCUCCCCACCCCCCCCCCCCCUCUCUCCCCUACCACACGUCCGGACGCCUCCGAGCACUGCACCUGCUUCUCUUACACACACCUACGGUACGGUACGGUGGCUGUGCACUGCUCCCACCCAACAUCUGUCCCUUCUCUCCCCUUCCCACCUCCCCCAACCCGUCCCCCGCCUUACCACCUGCUUCUCCCGCUCCGGCUCCUGGCCCAUGAAAUCCCACCCCCUAAACCACGGGCGCACUGUUGGCGGAGAACCUGCGAACAGCUGAGCGCACUUCUCGCCAAGGCUGCACCUUCCUUCGCUUCACCACCCAUUACCCUCCACCCUCCGGCCCUCCCCCCCUCCACCCCCUCCUCUUCCGUCCCCCCUCCACCUAUCCCUCCACCAGCUCCGCCCCUCGCCAACACCAACCUUUGGCUCACCGACUUCGCACUCCUACAACACCCUCCGCACCUGCUUCCCCUGCACCUGCUGAUGCCCCACCGACUCCCACCCCUACAACUCGGGCGCACUGCUCACCCCCCAGAGGUUGCAGGCGAAGGCUGGACCCAUCUGGGCGAGGCUGGACCCAUCUGGGCGAGGCUGGACCCAUCUGGGCGAGGCUGGACCCAUCUGGGCGAGGCUGGACCCUUCUGGGCGAGGCUGGACCCUUCUGGUCGAGGCUGGACUGCUCGGUGCCCCUUAAGGUUGGAUGCGCAGAAGGAGGAGGUGCGUUUCCACGUGUGCGCCAUGUCAGCAGCCAACCCAUACCAGGUUGACACAUGUCUGGAUGACGGAGCGGGCGGCUGCAACUGUCUGUGUCCGCCGGGCUUUGUGACGGGCAAACAACCAGAUGAAACCCCUAUUUGUGUGCCGGGUAGACCUGCCGUGUGGGAGGCUGCAUGGGUGAGAGUACGGGUGAUCAAGGCAUGUGUGAGAGCAUGGGUGAUCAAGGCAUGUGUGAGAGCAUGGGUGAUCAAGGCAUGUGUGAGAGCAUGGGUGAUCAAGGCAUGUGUGAGAGCAUGGGUGAUCAAGGCAUGUGUGAGAGCAGGGGUGAUCAAGGCAUGUGUGAGAGCAUGGGUGAUCAAGGCAUGUGUGAGAGCAUGGGUGAUCAAGGAAUGUGUGAGAGCAUGGGUGAUCAAGGCAUGUGUGAGAGCGGGGGUGAUCAAGGCAUGUGUGAGAGCAUGGGUGAUCAGGGAAUGUGUGAGAGCAUGGGUGAUCAAGGCAUGUGCGAGAGCAUGGGUGAUCAAGGAAUGUGUGAGAGCAUGGGUGAUCAAGGCAUGUGUGAGAGCAUGGGUGAUCAAGGAAUGUGUGAGAGCAUGGGUGAUCAAGGCAUGUGUGAGAGCAUGGGUGAUCAAGGCAUGUGUGAGAGCAUGGGUGAUCAAGGAAUGUGUGAGAGCAUGGGUGAUCAAGGCAUGUGUGAGAGCAUGGGUGAUCAAGGCAUGUGUGAGAGCAUGGGUGAUCAAGGCAUGUGUGAGAGCAUGGGUGAUCAAGGCAUGUGUGAGAGCAUGGGUGAUCAAGGCAUGUGUGAGAGCAUGGGGAUCAACUGCUACGUGUGACAGCAGAUGCUGCUGGGCCAGCAGGUGUGUGUACGCGGUGGGAAAUCAAGUAUGCUACUCGGAACUUCUCGAUGCGUGA